AUUGAACGUAGAUCAGAAGUGUGUGAUUUGUCGGAAUGAUGGGAAAGUGGUGGAUUAUUACCUUUCUUUGUGUACAGUAUGUAUCAGCACAGACCUCAGACCCCACGGGGGGGCUUGAUUUAGAUUCCUUGCUGGCAGAAAUUAACGGUUUCGCCCCUGGUAGACAAGGGACCUCGGGAAAAUCAACACCAGGAAAUUUAGGAUCCGCCGUAGCAGAUAUUCCUAGACAAGCAGGAACAGGCGUCUUAGAUCAUGUAGAUUUGGAGCGUGCCAUCCCCGGAACAGGCACAGGUGCUCUAGAUUUAGAGGCUGCCAUUAAUGACAUCACUAAAGAGCUACAGCAAAAUCUUGCAGCAAAUCCCGGUCUUCAGGGACUUGUUACCGGAGGUAACGGAGAUUUUAGUAACAUAGACGCUCUUUUGAAUUCAUUUGGAGGUGAGACUGGUACUUCCGGUGUAAAUACAAUUGAAGGCAUUGCAAAAGAUGCAAGUCCUGCUUUCGGUUCAUCUGACUUGUUUGGAUCUGCUGGAGGAAAUAUUGCUAGUAUCCCAUCAUUUCCUUCGAAAUCAAGUGGAGCUGCGUCCAACAGUGGCGGUCGGCAAUCUAUCUCUUCAAAAUCUGCGACUGAAACAUCCGAAAGUAAUAUUCAGCAGAAUGUUCCAGAACUUUCACUUCCUAAUUUAAACGAUUUAUCUUUUGAUCCUUCUCCAGUAACACCCAAAAAGGAAAUAACCAAACCCCCACGUGACCCCUUUACAACACAAACGGUAAACCAACAGCAGAUAUUAUCACAAACCAUGGAGACCUUACCCUCCACACAAACACAGGACACCGACUUUUCACGAUUCAGCAAUGCCGCUUUCGCUCGUAACGUGCCACCCGUCGCCACUCAGCUUCAGGAACUCAACCGUGAAAAUACAAACUUAUUUUCACUUCCUGAAACCCGUGGUACAGGACAAAUCCCCUUUGGUCAAAGUAUACAACCAAAUAUCGCCCAACUUCGGGAUCUCAGAAGUAGGUUUACCUCAUCCGACACAUCAAGACAACGGCCACCAAAUUCCCCAAGUACUAAGCUAGAAGACUUAUCAGCUGCUGAGCUCCGGCGCGCACUUUCCGAAGUAAAUAAAGAAAUCGACAGGCUGUCUGUACCGUUGAAAAGCAACAGACAAACAUCCGGGACAGAAAAUGCCAUAGUCCCGGAUGUAAAUGAGCAGGCAGCCAUUAUAAAUCCUGGACGUGGAAGUUCUACUUCUUCAGUCAGAUUUCAACCAAAUUUUAACUCUGGACGACUUCCUGGAACAACAGGAUUCGAAUCUACUCCACCUCUCGAUUCUUCUUUAGCAAACGCUUUUGAGCUACCGCAAUCAGAAAAUCUCUCCUCAGGUCCCACCAGUGGUAUCGUGGGGGCUGGUGCAUCUCCAUCUCUUCAAUCCCGUGGCUCAGGUGGACCCGAAUCAGAACAGUUUGUGACAGCCGCUCGUCCUCAGAUUGACCCUCUUAGCGCACUUCAAAACGUAGGAGGUGGAGGAAUACCAUUUGGGGCACCAUCUUUUGGAUUUUCACCCAAUAUUGGAAAUCAGUUUUUGGGACUUCCAACUGUAGGCGUUCCUCCAAGAGGUGGAGUUUUACCGGGUCAGAUUGCCCCUAACCUUUUACAGAACCAAGUGCUGCCAGGAUUUGGUCAACCGAUACGGCAGCCAGGUUUUAUCAAUACAAAUCGUUUAAAUUUUGAAAGAGGAAGUAUUUCAGGGGAAAACCGAGACCUAAGGUCAAGUCUGCCCAACUUGAUCUUUGAAACCCCAAGUAAUGGAUCUCCUAAUAGAGACAGAUUUGAACCGCCAAACCGUCGGUCUCCUGAAAGAAACGGAUUCAAUGAGAAUAAUAGAUUAAAUGACAACCGUGGAGAAAUAAUCCGCGGUGGCAGACAGGAAAAUGUGCGAAACAGACCCCGCGACAGUAUUGGAAACAGGUCCACAGACAGAGGGAUAAGAGGAAAUAGGCCCCAAGACAGGAACGUCAACAGUAUACUGAGCUCUAUCAGCAGACAAAGAUCACGUGAUUCAAACUUGAUCAGGAGACCUUCCAAUAAUCGCAGAAGAGUCCCUUUUCCUGGUAAUUCGGAUAGAAGGUCAGGAAUACGUCAAAGUGGUAGGACAAUACGACAACGCCGACCGCCUGUGCUAGAACGAGGCAGAUUUUUCAGUGACAGGCAUAUAUCUUUUUCAAGACCUAGGGAGAGUCGUUCCCGCCGUUUUCGACACUUCCGUCCUCGUUUUCUUCUGUAGGAUUUCUUCUACCAAGAACAAUCAAAUUGAAUGUGUGUGGGUGUAAAUGGCUAGUUAUAGCAUUUUUAUGGCGUGUGUAUUUUUUAUAUGAUUAUAUUUAAAAAUUUGUACAUAUUUAUUCUAAGAAUAAAUGUUUUUAAGAA